AAAGAGGUGAAAGGUGAUUUCUUAAUAAAAUUAUAUCAUAAUUAAAUAUCAUUAUCAUUGUUAAUUUAGGAGAACAUUAUGCCUACAAAAAAGGAAUUAGAAUUAUUGGAUGCUGCUGAAAGUGGUAAAUUAGAACUAGUAAGUCAGCUAAUAGAACAAGGAAUAGAUAUUAAGGCUAAAGAUGUAUUGGGAUAUACUUCUUUACAUAACGCUGCUAAAAAUGGUCAUCUAGAAGUAGUUAAACUAUUAAUUGCUAAGAAUGCGGAUGUUAAUGCUCAAAGUAAAAACAAAUAUGUUCCUUUACACUGGGCUGCUGCAAAUGGUCAUAUAGAAGUAGUUAAAUUAUUAAUUGCUAGUAGAGCGGAUAUUAAGGCUCAAGAUGAGAGUGGGAAAUAUACUCCUUUACACCAUGCUGCUGAAAGAGGUCAUAUAGAAGUAGUUAAACUGUUAAUCACUAAUGAAGCAGAUAUUAAGAUUCAAGAUAAGUGGGGAUAUCUUCCUCUAUACCGGGCUGCUCAAGGAAAUCAUAUAGAAAUAAUAGGAUUUCUUAUAGAAAAAGGAGCAAGUGUUAAUGCUGCAGGUAAGUAUGGCGACACAGCUCUACAUUAUGUUGCUCGCAAUGGUCAUACAGAAGCAGUGAAAUUUCUUAUAGCAAAAUAUGCAGAUGUUCAUGCUCUAAAUGAAAAUGGAGACACUCCUUUGCAAGGUGCUCAGGAAAAUGAUCAUACAGAAAUAGCAAUGAUUCUUAUGGAAGCAAUGGAAAGAUCAAAGACAGCAUUAACAGAUGUUCAACAUCCAUCGCUAGGCUCUGAUUCUAGGAGAAAAUAAGGUAGAGAAAAAAUAGAAGAAAGAGAGAAAAAUCGGUAGUUUAACCUAGUGAAAUAAAAAAUGGAGAAACUACCGCAUAAAAUAUUAUAGCAAGUGAAGCAAAAAAAACACUCUGACAAGCGGAUAUUUGUUGAAGAAAUUAAAAUUCCUAUAUUACUACAUUAACUAUCUUGUUUUGUACUGCAUAUAUAGAGCGAAUUUUACUCUUAUCAAUUUUAUCUGAGAUUGCAUCUACAGCAAUUUUCUUUAGCUCAUCUACUGGUAAAUCAAUUACUACAUUGAUUGUAGAGCGUAGCUUUCCAUUGACUUGUACUGCUACUGUUACUGUCUGA